UAAAAACCUCUUAAAAAAAGUGAAAAAUUACCACCUCAUAAAAUUUAACUAGUUAUUUGGUCUGGGCUAUGUCCCGGGUAAGGAAAAAUUUCAUUUAUUAAUAGUACUUUAUGAUAAUAACACUAAAUACAAUUUAGUCUAGUGAUUAAGAAGUAUAUGUACUUGAGAUUUCGGGAUUAAACCCUUAUACUAUGCAAAUUCUUAAUUUUUUUAUUGUACAUGAAUUACAUUACAUGAACUAAAACUCCCUAUGGAGAGCGCUAUUGACACAAUUUUUUGUAUAUGUACGCCUUUUAAUAUAUUUGUAUAGAUAGAUUUGCAAAGAGUUACAUUAUACACGAAAAAUUUUGUUUCAUGAAAUAACUUACUUAGGUUCCUUAUAGUAAGUGGGAAUUAAGUGGAAAUUCCCAUGGAAAACAAAAAUUUUCAUGUUUAACCAAAAAAAAAAUGUAAUUCCUGAAAAAUAAAAUUUCAUGAGUAAUGCAAAUAUAUGAGAUAUUAUACUUCCCAACCUCAACCAAACGAGUAAGUAUUACAUUAUAAGCCUUUCCUAAUUUUAUCCUUGUAUUUUUUUAAUUUUCAUUCUCAUAUUUUUAAAAACAUUAAUCUUGGUCUUUUGCAAAUAGUUUAAAAGUAGAGUAGGUCUUUAGUAAAUAACGUCAGACCUGUUAACAAUAAUAACUAAUUGAACAAAAAAUUAUAACUAUUAACCUGAAAAUCAUAACUAAUAACUAUACAAUCAUAACUUUUAUCCUAAACAUAAUAACUAAUCGUGCAAAAAAUAUAACUAAUUGCCCAAAAAAUAUAACUAAUGACCGUCUGAUGUUAAACUUAACGUUAGACGGUCUUUUAUAAGAACUUGUGUUAAGAGUAUUAUCAAAUGGGAGUAGUAAGAGAUAUUUUAGAUGAAUCUAGAAAGACAGUGUGCUAGAACAACCGAGAAAACUCCCGCCUUUUCCAACUUCUUGAUUCUACUACGCCAAACUCUCGAUCAUUCACUCUUCUUCUCCUUAUAUCGCCAUACUAUUACAUCUUUCUCCUAUAUAAUCUCCAUCUUCCCAACUCAUCUCACAUACAAAAAUCAACCAAAACAAACACAUACACAUACACAUACACAUACACAAAAACAACACCCUUCUAAGUUUUAAACAAACAACUCUCUUCUCUCAAGUUCUGAUCAUCCUGAUUACCAUGACACCUCAAGGCAAAGCUAUCGGAAUCGAUCUCGGAACAACCUACAGCUGCGUAGCUGUAUGGCAAAACGACCGUGUCGAGAUCAUUCCCAAUGAUCAAGGCAACCGCACCACUCCCUCCUAUGUUGCCUUCACUGAAACCGAACGUCUAAUUGGUGAUGCUGCCAAAAACCAAGUUGCUAUGAACCCUCAAAACACUGUAUUUGAUGCUAAACGUCUUAUUGGACGUCGUUUCUCCGAUACUUCUGUUCAAUCUGACAUGAAACUCUGGCCUUUUAAGGUUGUUCCUGGACCAGGGGACAAACCUAUGAUCAUUGUAUCUUAUAAAGGAGAAGAUAAACAGUUUUCUCCUGAAGAGAUUUCAUCUAUGAUUUUAACUAAAAUGAAGGAAGUUGCUGAAGCUUUCUUGGGACAAACUAUUAAAAACGCUGUUGUUACUGUUCCGGCGUAUUUUAAUGAUUCUCAACGCCAAGCUACUAAGGAUGCUGGUGCUAUUUCGGGGUUGAAUGUAAUGAGGAUCAUUAAUGAGCCUACUGCUGCUGCAAUUGCUUAUGGAUUAGAUAAGAAAUCGUCGAAAUCAUCGAGGGAGAAGAAUGUACUUAUAUUCGACCUUGGUGGUGGGACAUUUGAUGUAUCUAUUCUUACUAUUGAAGAAGGGAUUUUCGAGGUGAAGGCCACUGCAGGUGACACUCAUCUUGGUGGUGAAGAUUUCGACAAUCGAUUAGUUAAUCAUUUUGUAGCUGAAUUUAAGAGGAAGCAUAAGAAAGAUAUCUCAGGCAAUGCACGAGCAUUACGAAGGUUGAGAACUUCGUGUGAGAGAGCAAAGAGGACACUCUCAUCGACUACUCAAACCACCAUUGAAAUCGAUUCGUUGUAUGAGGGAAUUGAUUUCUUUGCCACUAUCACAAGAGCAAGGUUUGAGGAGAUGUGUAUGGAUUUGUUCAGGAAAUGUAUGGAUCCUGUAGAGAAAUGUCUAAGAGAUGCAAAGAUUGAUAAGUCGAAAAUCGAUGAUGUUGUUCUUGUAGGAGGAUCAACAAGGAUUCCGAAGGUUCAACAACUUUUGCAAGAUUUCUUUAAUGGAAAGGAGCUUUGUAAAAGCAUUAACCCGGAUGAAGCAGUCGCGUAUGGAGCUGCUGUACAGGCUGCUAUACUGUCAGGUGAAGGUGAUCAGAAGGUUCAAGAAUUGCUAUUGCUUGAUGUUACACCAUUGUCUCUAGGAAUUGAAACUGCUGGAGGUGUAAUGACAGUUUUAAUUCCGAGGAAUACUACUAUUCCAACGAAGAAAGAACAGAUAUUUUCGACUUAUUCUGAUAAUCAAACGAGUGUAAUGAUCAAGGUGUAUGAAGGAGAACGACCUAUGACUAAGGAUAACAACUUAUUGGGUACAUUUGAGCUUAAGGGGAUUCCUCCAGCACCUAGGGGAGUCCCUCAGGUUGAUGUUUGUUUCGAUAUCGAUGCGAAUGGGAUAUUGAAUGUAUCUGCUGAAGAUAAGACUGCUGGAGUUAAGAACAAGAUUACUAUAACUAAUGAUAAAGGAAGGUUAAGUAAGGAAGAGAUUGAGAGAUUAGUGAAGGAAGCUGAGAAGUAUAAGGCUGAAGAUGAUGUUGUGAAGAAAAAAGUGGAUGCUAAGAAUUCAUUAGAGAAUUAUGCAUAUAAUAUGAGGAAUACUUUAAAGGAUGACAAGAUUGGAGGUAAGUUGGAGGUUAUGGAUAAGCAGAAGAUCGAAAAAGCAGUUGAUGAGGUGAUUGAAUGGUUGGAUAAAAAUCAGUUGGCUGAAGUGGAGGAGUUUGAGGACAAACAGAAAGAAUUGGAGGACUUGUGUAAUCCUAUAAUUGCAAAAAUGUAUGGUGGUGGUGGUGGUGGUGGGAUGAAUAAGGGAGGGGAUAUGCCGGGUCGCGGUGGCGGUACAGGUGGUAUGGGUGGAGGUAGUGGUGGCACUGGGCCUAAGAUUGAGGAGGUUGAUUGAAAGAUGGUUGAACUUUUGGAAAAUGGUCUAAUAUCUUCUCUGUUUUUUCACUCUGUUUUCUGAUGCUUUUUUUUUUGGUGGGUGUAAUAAGACUUUGUUAGUGUUUAAUACUGAAAUGAGCAAGUAAACUGUUGUAGUUAUUGUAAAUUUACUACUAUUUCAAUGAAGUAGAAUUCUGUUAACAUUUUGUUGAUGCCAAAAUUUCAAUUGUUUUUAUUUACUUUUGACAUCAAAAGAGAACUUCAAUUUUGAUGAUUA